GAUAUCUGGUAGGGAAAUCAGACUCUGUGAUAUAUUUAUAAAGGGGCUGUUUACUGUGUUUUCUGCGUACCAGUGUUGCACUCGGCAUCAGGCACUACAUAGACAUACAUAGCAUAGGUUAGGCUGCCACUGGAAAGACUAAGGAAGACACUGUAGCUUACUAGCAGAUAUUUAAAGAAAAUGCCAGGAAAAGGUCUGAGAAAAGCCAAGAAGUAUGACUGGAAGGACAGUAACCUAGCUUUGUUCGGGUCAGACCUAGAAAAGAAUGUUAAAAAGACGUCUGCUAGUGGCGAACAAGCAUGGUCGACAGUGGAUAAAAACAGGGAGAGUGCGUUGUACAUCUGGAGAAUAGUGAAAUUUGGCAUCACAGAAUGGCCAGCAGAAGAUUACGGUUCCUUUUUUGAUGGGGAUUCAUAUAUUAUACUGAAUCAAUACAAGAAGGAGGACUCUGAUGAAAUCGAGUAUGACGUUCAUUUCUGGAUAGGAAAAUACAGCACACAGGAUGAGUACGGAACUGCUGCUUACAAGACCGUGGAGUUGGAUACGUUCUUAGAUGACAAGCCAGUUCAACACAGAGAGGUGAUGGGACAUGAGUCGGAAUUAUUCCUGAGCUAUUUUGAUGAAAUCAGGUAUCUGAAAGGUGGCGCUGCUAGUGGAUUCCGUCACGUAAAAGCAGAGGAGUAUGAACCAAGACUCCUCCACUUCCAUGGUAAAGGAAGGAAAGUCAUUGUUAAAGAGGUAGCACGUACGCGCAAAAAUCUGAAGAGCGACGAUGUGUAUAUUCUUGAUCUUGGUUUGAAAAUCAUUCAGUGGAAUGGGGAAGGCUCAAACAAAGAUGAGAGAUUCAAGGCAGUACAAUUUCUACAGAAACUAAAAGGAGAAAGAGGUGGUAAGGCUGACACCCAGAAUCUGGAUGAAGCAAGACUCAAUCCAGAGCAUUUGUUCUACAAAAGCAUACCAGAGGAAGAUGAUGACGACGAUGAUGAUGACGAGACAGACGCCGCAGAUAACGAAAAGAAACUUAUGCAAUUGUCCGAUCAAUCAGGAAACGUCCAGUUUAAUGUUAAGAAGACUGGAGAUGUUACAUCUGCUGACUUCGAUACCAAGGAUGUUUUCAUGUUUGAUACUACUCAGGAUCUAUUUGUCUGGGUUGGUCUUGGCGCCUCUGCCCAAGAGAAGAAGAGUGCCAUGAUGUAUGCACAUAAAUACCUGGCAAAGUCCCCCAAGCCAUACCUUCCAGUGACCGUGCUGAGGGAGGGACAGUACAACCUGUCUUUCAAGACUGCCCUUGCUGCCUAAUCGUGCCAUAUACAAAACACUUGCAACUCUCAAAACUGUUACUUUUGUAAAUGUAUAUACCAUUAUAUCUUCGUAAUGUUUCAUUUGAAUUUAUGUACAAUGGCUAUUUACUCAAUAGCUGAGAUUAUCACCAAAUCUAAGACAAUUACAAUGGAGCAAUAACUAUGGACAUUAUUUCAAAACCAUGAUUCAAGUAAAGCAACCUAACAGUGUCUUCUGGCUGGAGAUUCCGUUAAUGAAACAGGACA